AUGAACGGAAUGGGCACAGACCAGAAAGUCUUUACAUAUGUAUGCAUACAGUGUCCCUCGCUGAGGGAGCUGAAACUGAAGGAUCCCAUCAGAUGCACGGAAUGCGGCAACAGGGUUCUCCGCAAGAAGAGGACAGACAAUGUGGUGCAGCUGGAUGCCGUCUAG